AUGGAUAUAUCACACUACAAACUACACGCAAAAUGUGUGGGCAACAAACCAUUUUAAGCUAAGGUAUGACACUUUGCAAAGCAAGGGAUGCAAAUCUCUGCCAUUAAACAUCCAGCACGUUACUCCCCAAGUGAGUUAUCAUUGACAUCAACUCCUAACUUUCGGGCAGAUUUUUCUAAAGACAGACAUAUUUGUAGUUGGUUCAGUUCACAUUAGUUUCUACAGUCUCAUCGUAAUCUAUAGCAGACAUAAUAGCUGCUUGCGAGGCAGUUAUUUUUGGGGGAGCUUCAUAAAAGAAUUUUCUUCACCUGUUCUCAUAUAAAAGUGAUGUAAGAAUCAAGUAUAAUCGUGUAUGGUUGGAAUGUACUGAAUUAUCUUUUAUCUUUAGACUGGCUCAGCUCGGUCCGGUUCAUUAUUGAACCGGCCUGGUCCGGUGUGGUUCAUCUCUGUAACGUGGGUCUGGUAUAAAAACCAGACCCUAACAUCAAUUAACUAAGCGAUUUCAUUUUUCUCUAUACCUCUGUUGCGUCCUCCUAGGUUUUUUUUUUUUUUCACCCAUGACACAUUUCAUCAUCUUGUCUGAACAUUUGGAAGCACGAAAGAGUAAAGCCCUGUCCUAAAUCAGAACAUUUAGCUCGAAAAGACUAUUACAAUUCACAUUGCAUAAAUCUUCUGAAAUCCUCCUCAUCAAUACUGACUAUUUCUGUAAAAAUAAAAUUAUGCUCCCAGAGCUGUGAACUCUCACAAGAACUGAAACAUUUUAACACCUUAUCUACAUUCUUUACUUGUUCUGCUGACUUAAACGGUUUUGCCUAUGUCGUGUAGUUGUAAUAAGUCAUAAAAGCCGAAGCUGCAUCUGAAGCAGAAAAUCAAUUAAAGUUCUAACCUACUUAUACGCAUGCCACUGAACGAUCCAGUGGACCAAUGUGAUUAAGUCCGGUGUAAAUUGAUCCCUUUGUCUUAUUUGCAACCAAGUGACCUACCAUCAGCCUUUUUUUGGAUGGCACACAGGAUAUCAUCACAUAAUAGCAAGGGAAAAGGAAUGAAACCAUCGAACCGCAAGUACAACCAAAAUCAAUAAAUAUUAAAAUUACACUUCAAAACGGAUCCACAAUAAGCAAAAAAGUUGCAAGAUUUGAAGGUUUUCCAUAGCACAACGAUUGCCUUCACCUAAAUACUAUCUUACUAAAGAGUUCCCAUCCAAAAUGACACACAAUAUUUUAAGAUGCUGACGACUUGUCCUCAAAGAUGCAUAUUACUACUUGAUGAGUUCAGUAUUGUGAGCCUUGAAAAUUAUAACCCGACACAUAGCAUGAAUUUGUAAUUUUUUCAAUAUAUUCUAUUUUUACUCAAACAUAUAUCAUGAGUCUCAUUUCAUCAUAUUUCAUCAGAUCCGGGAUGUGAUAUGGUAGUUCUGAAGGAUGAACCGGAUAUGGACAGUUCCAAUAAGAUUUCAUUCUUGCAAAAAAAAUCCUUUUUUGGAUUUCUUUCAUCAAUUCUAUGGCCGAACAAUGGGGAAUACACGUUAUGCUACGAUUUUGAAUGUAACGGUAUUGUUGCUCUAUCACAUUUCCAGCAAGAGAUGACCCUAAAAUUGCUCUCUGAACAAAAGUGUUCUCACAUCACCCUAGAAACUUGAAUACAAAUAUUCAAACGAAUCUAUAGUAGGGAAUAUCAGUGAUUAAUAUUGCAUUCAGCAAUCAUAAUUAAGUAACAUACGCAAACAAGCAGUCAAAGUUGAUGAUCUGAAGAUCGCCUGCACUUCUGGGUGGAAAAAGACAGAAAAAUGAGCACGCAAGAAGAGCAGCAAUCAGCUCCUGAAAUUGACAAGAGGAUUAGAUUGAAAUAUUCUCAGAACUUUCCAAAAAAUGAGCAAAGAAACCAGAAAAGGAUGCAAUGAGAGUAAAUGAAAGAAAGGUAACAAAGAACAGUAUAAGAAAUUUAAUAUUUUCAGCACAUACAUGGAGAAUGAAAGCUCGGAACAACAAGUCUUGUUUAAGUCCUCACCAGAGGGAUUAUAUUGUUUUUGUGUAUUUUUUGUUGUCUUCAGUUCUCUGCUCAGAACCUAAUAAAUCAGAUUACAAAGGAACAUUAAAAGCCAAUAUUCUACUGAUGAAUGUGUCCAAAAUAAUGAAUUUUAAAAUGUGCUCAAGAGAUAUAUUUCUUAGUUUGAUGACCGUGUAUGGACUGGAACAGGAAUUUUACAUAAUUCGGAAUACAUAUGCACAUUUACUAUCAGAAAAUUAUUUCAUAAUCUAAUUUCUCGAAUGCAGGCCCCUUUUUGUCCGGAUAGAACAGCAAUUAAAUGGCGUCAACUUCUCACUUUCAUCUUGAACGCAGCUCAUGUAAGCAAAAAUGGAAAAAAAAGAAAACUAUGUGGCAACUAUCUCAAAAGAGACAAAGAACUCAUGCAGCCAACUGCAGCCAUAAAAUAGGGAUCAUCAGUUUGAAAAGAUGACUAGUUAACGCAGAACGAAAAGACACCUGACUGAGGAAUACGAUCCCUGCUUCCUGUGGAUAGAGUAUCCGGAGCCCAGCAAUACCCGAACCAAAAAUCCUAUCUGAAUAUCGAUAAUGGGCUUCCAGCAGAGAAGGCAACCGUAGCAGCAAGCGAGCCAAUCCAGGAACCACCUCACCAAACCACAUCCUCGAGUCUUCGCGAGAUAUCAGCUGCAAAAGAAACGAACAAGCUCAAAAGUAAAACAGGACAGUUUGCACACUUCUACUUCCAAAUAUCAGGAAAGGAAGACCAACGAAGGCAGCGACUCUUCGACAGCACAGGGAGUGUACAGGCAGCAACCUCGUCGAAGAAGACAGUAUACCCAUCCGCAGCAGUAAAGGCCAAUGGUUCUCCAGAAAGGCGAACUGAGUCCCUAAGCUCGAUGAUGGCGUCGAAGAGGAUCUUCCCGCUGUCCACCCUACUAACGUCGGGGCCUAGGGAAAGCGCCUUGAGGGCGUCGACCGCUUUGGGCGGCCAGAAGAGAGAGGACGAUCUCAGGGUCAAUGGCAUCAAGGGGAGGAUGGACGCCAGAUCCUGCCUGCUCUCCAUCUUCCUUGCGUCAACCAACAGAAGGGAGGGAUGCGCUCGUAACUAUCGCGAGAGAAAGCAAACUUCCUCCCUCCGACCCUCCUCGAAUGGCAGAAACUGGAACAGCCUUGCUUAUGAUUUCACGUCUAGCUGCUGGGUGGGAAAUCUACGCAAAAAGAAAAUGUACGACUCCAGCGUUCACAACCAAGUCCUAGAGGUUUCGACUAGAAUAGCAUCUCACUUAAAUUUGGUGAAGUUAUAUAGGGCAAAGUUUCAAUCUUUACACACUAUUUUCAACUUAUUUUGAACCUAAAUGAUCCAACGACCUAAUUUCAAGGGACAAAAAGUCAACGUGCUCCAAACUGCCAACGCAGAUCAUUCGGUCCCCCAAAGUCUAUAGUCUUAAAGUCGAUGAGGUUUUAGGAAAAAAAAACCAUCUUGGUGGUUCAUUCUUGUGAGAAUAACUUUGGUCAGAAUUUAUUGGCGUUUAUGUCUGAAUUUUAAUGUUUACUGGUUGUUCAUAGUAUGCUGUUAUUGUUGCACUAAAGGACGGUUGAAGAUCUAAAUUAUUAGAUCUCGUCCAGUUUUUUGUUUUAUUCUAUUUUUUAGAAAGAAACUCUAAACAAGAAAGUUAGAAUUGAGACAAAAGAGGGAGAUUAUAGAAAGAAAAAUUGACUUAAUCCUUAUGAAAGUUGACCCAUGUGUUAACCAAGGUAAGUCAACUUAGUAAACCAACACAGCUAUUGUGAGAGUCAAAAUUGAAGAGUGAAGUAUGUUGUGUCAUACAAGAGUUUGUCUCAACCCAUGAGUUGACUUAGCAAUUGACAAGUCACACUAAGCAAAGAGAAACAAAGAUUCUCUAAGAUCCAACAUGAAAUACAUCUCAAACCAUAUUGA